AUUAUAUAUUAUUAUACAGCGUCAUACUUCUUUCUCUUCGUGUAUUUUAUCUACAGUGUAUUUCUGACUCGAUACUGUGACCAGCUCCUUUUCUGGGCUGCUAUAAGACGUGAAUUCAGACGUCAAUAGACGUGCAAUAGCGCGGACUUCAUUCAAUCUGAGUGGAGAAAUGAAUCAAAACCUGACUCGUCUGAACCAAGCGAAUCGAUUGUAUUCCAUAUCAACGUUUUUUUGAAAGAAUCGAUUCCGAAAAACGAAUCUAGACUCUGGGAAGUACCAUCAGCUCGUCGGCCCCCUUUUUAUCCUUGUUGGACAAAACCCCGGACUCCCCCGUGUUUAAGGGCGACUUGAUUCAGUCCAAUCCAGAACACCAUGGCGAUUGAUGGUGGAGAGCGGAGCUGUGGAGUGCAUGAACUCAUCUGCAUCAGAAAAGUGUCUCCCGAGGCUCUGGGUUUCCUCUCUGGCGUCGCCGUGUUUGUUUUUCUUCUGAUUCUUGUGUUUCUGUUCCUCAAUAAUAAACUGUCCAUAGAGAGCGUCGCUCCUCAGCCACUGGACCACUACAGUAAGGCCAAAGAGCUGCCAGAUAAGGGCUAUGGAGAGGCAGAUUUUCAGGCCUGGUCAUCAGACAGUGAUGACGAGGUGAUGGGUCAGUAUCAGGAGGCCAUGACACGCUCACGGGGUCUCCGAGGCCGGUGUACAGGGGCUGCAGCCCCUCAUCAUAAAGGCUUCAGCUGGGAGACGCAGCACAAAUACUGCCCCCUAUCAGCCGAGUACGAUGGAUACAGCAGUGAGGCUUCUGCUGAGGAUGUGAACUCGAUUCAGAGGAUGAGGUUGACUCCGCCUCUUGAUGAGCUCCAGCCACCACCCUAUCAGGACGAAGACGGCUCGACCUCUGACCUCGCCGACACAAAGAGUGAAGCACACGACCCUGAGAGCUUCAGCAACACCAAAGGCCUGGAGGAGGACGUCCCAAGUGACAGCACAGCUGUACUCAGCCCUGAGGAUCUGUCCAUCCGUGGUUCCUCCUCUCCCCUCCUGAAGCUUUACUCUCCCGACUCGCCCUUCUCUCCGUUCGGGACGCUGCACACCCUCUUAGACUAUGAUUUGCACCAGCGCUGCCUCUCAGUCACCGUAACCGCGGUGACCGACCUCCCGUCUCCACGACGAUCACCAGGCAUCACCUGGCAGCUUCACCUGGUCCUUCUUCCUGCCAAAAAGCAACGUGCCAAGACUGCGGUGGCCAGGGGGCGGUGCCUCAGCGAGACUUUCCGCUUCAGCCACGUUCAGUCGGAGAGCAUCGGGAACUACAGCGUGCGGUUUCGUCUCUACAGCAUCAGCAAGAUCAAGAAGGAGAAGAAGAUGCUGGGAGAGAAAGUGUUCUACCUCACCAAACUCAACCUGCAAGGCAAAAUGGCCGUCCCUCUGCCUCUGGAACCCUGCUGCAGUACCACAGCCAGCGAGUCUCAGACGAGCGUGUCUGCUGCAUCGUGCAGUGAGACGGCGUCUACGUUCCAAUCUGCAGGUCAAAGGUCAUCGCCUGAGAUACUGCUAGGGCUUGUUUACAACGCCACCACAGGCCGCCUCUCUGUCGAGGUCAUCAAGGGAUGUCACUUCAAAAAUGUGGCCACCAACAAACCGCCCAAUGGACUGUUCUGUUGUCUAAAACACUUGAUAGGUGGCCAGGUUUAUAUAAUUCGAGACACGUACGUGAAGCUGACCCUGCUGAACUCCAUGGGUCAGGAGAUGUCCAAGUGUAAGACGUCGCUGUGCCGCGGCCAGCCGAACCCCACCUACAGGGAGACCUUCGUGUUCCAGGUGGCGCUGUUCCAGCUGUCGGACGUCACGCUCAUCCUCUCCGUCUACAACAAACGCAGUAUCAAGCGCAAAGAGAUGAUCGGGUGGAUCUCUCUGGGCCUGAACAGCUCCGGCGAGGACGAGCUCACGCACUGGACUCAGAUGAAGGAGUCAAAAGGACAGCAGGUGUGUCGAUGGCACAGUCUGCUAGAGUCUUAGGGGCGUCACCGCGGCCAUGAGCAUAAGGAACCAAGUAAAGAAAAGAAAACUCACAAAGCAAGGCAUUAUGGGAAAUAACUCGCCGUGCAAUAAAGAACAGGUGUGACAUCAGCCACGCCUCUGUACAUGGUUGGAAUGUGAGGAUAUAGAAGGUGGAAGUGAAGAAAGAGUUGUAGAGUGAAAGACAUUCUGGAGACAGGACCUAAAGAUGGAGCUCACUAGAGCAGUGCAUUGUGGGAAAUAUCUGUAACCGCCUUAGGAAUGUAAAGAAGAUCGGAGCAACGAAAUGUAUAAAAAUCCAUCAAGUAGAAGAAAAAAGUCCUCAACCCAUAAUGAGGAAGAGGAGGAUGAAGGAAAUCAACCGAGCAGUGCAUCAUGGGAAGCGAUCGAGGGUCUGAAGCCGUUCUGUUGCCAUGAAUGUUUUAGGGAUUCGUUCUGAUUUGAGCAAAACCACUUUAAACCCACAGCACGUCAUGAGAACGAUGGAAAGAUGCUAACCUUUAAUAGAGAAGGUGGAUUUCUCUGUGUUUGUUUAUUUAUUUAUUUGUUUGUUUUGGUUUGUUUAUUUAUUCUUUUUUCUUUCCUGGAUGUUAUUCAUGUCUUUGGUUCAGAAGCCAGAAGUCUGAACACGGAAAUUUAGAACAAACAACCAUUAAUGUUCUGCUACACACCUGCCGUCGCUUAGCCACGCCCAUUCUAGUCUGCUAACCUUAAGUUAUUGCCCCUUUUUGCCCCUUGACUCUGAGCCGGCAGUGAUUCCGUUCGAGAUUUUAUUUUUUUUUUUUCAGUUUGAGGACCUGUUUUCACCUCAGAAAUUUGCAGCCCGCAUUUCCACAUUCUCAGUCUCCUCCUUCUUAUCACUAAUGAGGGUUUCCAUAUUGUUUACGCACAUUUAGCGAUGGCCAAUUAAACAUCUUCCCCUUCGUGAAGACUUUGCCCGAUUGGUUAAACAACGUUCGUUGGUCUACAGUGGAGCUUCGAUGAACUUUUAACCUGCUGCACAGAAUUUACAACGAUUUACAAUUUCACCAGUGUAGCUUCAAGUCCUCCAGUGUCGUAAAGUACGAUUAGCGUCGCGCUCACGGUUAGUUAGCAUUAACUCAAUGUGUCGCACGUACAGCAAAACCAUCUAAAACAAAGUUUGAAAGGUUCAGUCAGGGCAUGUUGCGGCUUGCUAGCUAGUGCUUCCCACUUACUCACCACACCGCCGUUCUUUUGUUCUCUAAUAUUAUAUUUCUUCUGAAAAUGAUUUCUCGAAUGCUAAAUAUGUUCCCGGUGAUGUUUGCUCGCCAGCUGGAACUAAAACGAAAAACACUUCUAACUUUACAGAACAAAAAGUCUGUCAUCUUUUUCUAGACGUCCGUCACGUGAGAAAAUGCAGGACCCGAAUGUUUCUGUGAUUAGCAUAUAGGUAUUCAUACAUCACACCAUUUCCUGUUUUUGGUUUUUCUUUUCUUCUUCCUUGAGUAAUGCUGGUUUAACUACAUGAUCAUGUACUGUAAAUGCUUUAAAGAGUUUUUCGUAUCUAUUUUUGUACCGAUGUUUAAGAAUAUGUGCUACAAAGCUCUGUGAGCGAACUCGACUUGUGCGGAUGUACUUUUGUUUCGCUCAUUUUUCUGUCAUCAUGGUAAACAUGGAUGAAUUAUGGGAUUAUUUCCCAGUUUGAUGACUGGAAUGACUGGAGUUUAAGAGGGAAACAAAACGUGUGUGUGUGUGUGUGUGUGUGUGUGUGUGUGUGUGUGUGUGUGUGUGUGUGUUCUGCUGUUUCUGUCUGUUCUGUGCUGUAAGCCCUGCUGACUUCAGCAUCUACACAAAAGAUUAAUGACAUUAUUUGUGUUUUGGUUAAAAAAAAAAAAAAGUAAGAAAUAUUGCUGCAGAUCUCUGAUGAAAGAAGCACAUUUUUCUGCAAAUGCCACAGAAACACACCUUGUGAAAGAGUCUCAGGUGCACACACACACACACACCAUAUAUAUAUCUGACUUAUAAAUACAUAACCAGUUGACCAUCAUUAAAUUUGCGGGUUUUUGCGGCUGAUCUUAGCCAGCUAACACAAACCGUUUAUAACCGACUGACCCUGUUACUGUUAGCCAUCUAGCUAACAUGAACAUACCGGACAUUAUUUAUUUAAUAAUUUUUUUAUUUUACUCAUUUAUAUUUACUGCAUUUGGCAGACACUCUUAUCCAGAGCGACUUACAUUUAUUUCAUUUAUACAGCUGAGCAAUUGAGGGUUAAGGGCCUUGCUCAGGGACCCAACAGUGACAGAUUUGUAGCCCUGGGAUUUGAACUCACGACCUUCUGAUCAGUAGUCCAACACCUUAACCGCACUACCACGUCCCACUGAACCUUCACCUCACACACGAGCUAGCGUUAGCUAAUCGAGCAGGAUUUGUGACAUGAAGAAAGAUACUUAAAUAAGUGAUUAGCAUCUCAUGUGGUUAGUGGAGACCGAUGUAGUUAAAAGUUAAGUGUUUAUUUUAAAAUGCAGAUGGACAGAAAUCCGGAACACGAGUCAGUGUGAAGACCAGAAGAAGCUCACAUUAACCUGACUGAAGGUUUCCCUUCAUGUUCUUCUUAUCAGUCCAGAGCAAAUUAUUCUUACUGUUAGCAUUAGGCGGCUAAGCUAACAUGACAGGAUUUUACUGUAGUCACAAUUAUUAAUGCUAAUGCUAAUUGGUGGCUAACAAAAGGUCCCCGAAUGGAAAUGACGUCGAGUCCGUUUAAUAAUUUAAUAAAAUACAAAUGAAGUGAUUUGUCUGUAAUGUAUAUGGAGCUUAGCUGAUGUUAGGUGUUAAUUAUCCUGUUAGUGAUUACUGAACGGGUUCCGACAGGAUCGGUUUGCUAGCGCUUUAUUAUUUUCUGACGGUCUUUACUCGGGCUUUCAGUCCGUCACUGGAACUUUCAGGAAGUGAAGAGGACGUCCCUCACAAGCAGCCUGUACAUCUGGGAAAACAUACAUGUUUGUAACCAGCACGUUUAGGACCUACAAAACACCAGCAUACAAAAAUGCAACUGUACAAAUGUAUUUUUAAAGCGAGCACAUAAAAGUCCACAGCGUUCAGGAUCUGAGGCCAUGUUUAAUUUCUCCAACUACUUUCUCAAGGUGUGUUUAUGUAGUUGUGUGUGUGUGUGUGUGUGUGUGAGAGAGAGAGAGAGAGAGAGAGGUAUGUGCUGAUAAAUACGUGUUAUCACUAUUCUUAAUGCACAAUGAGCGUCAGUAAAUUUGUUUGUAAAUGUUUUUCGUGCCCAAAGCAAAUGAAAAAUUCCUCCAGAUUUGAAACGUUUCUGUGACUCAUAUUUUCUUCAUGGUCGUGAACGCGUGUUAAAUUCCAGCUCGAUUACAGAGCGCAUUCACGACACACCCGAGUUACAUUACCUUUACGUUCUCUUUACGUUCCCUGCAAACCAAAAACCGCCAUCGCUGAAGCCGCGUGGUUACUAUGGAAACCCGGAGGCAGCUUUGGAAGUCGCCAUUUUUCGGCUCCUGACAUGAGACGUGUUAAAACAGUUCGGCAGACUGAAACACGAGAGCGAUAAUGUCCUCAAAUGUGGUAAAAGAAGCACGUGUGAAGAAUAGUGGAGAAUCAGCACAUGCCUGUUUACAGUUACGUGUCAUUUUGGUGAAAUUGUCCACCGAUGCAUUCGGUGCCUUACUUUUCUUCUGGAAGAUUUUCCACUCCUACAGCGGCGUGUGUGUGUGUGUGUGUGUGUGUGUGUGUGCACGAGAGUGUGAUCGCAUGAGUGUGUGUGUGUGUGUGUGUUUGUGCACGAGAGUGUGAUCGCAUGAGUGUGAGUGUAUGAGUGUGUGUAUGAGUUAUUUCUCCAAUUUAAUUUGUAACUGAUGUGCACAAGUGAUUUAUGGAAACAAAAUAAUUUGUAUGUGAUUUAAAAACAACAACAAAGAAACCCUUCGUCAUUG